UUCACUACCUGCUGUAUCGAUGAAGUUGCACAAACAUGGCGGAUUUCCUGCCGUCCCGGUCCUCUCUAUCCGUUUGUUUUCCAAACUGUCUUCUCAACAGCACCGAGGCGGAACAACUGAGGAAGUCUAAAGAGAUAGACAGGCGUAUUCUGAAAGACAAAACCUAUGUGAAACGGCUAGUCAAGAUACUUUUGCUCGGCGCCGGGGAGAGCGGCAAGUCCACUUUCCUCAAGCAGAUGCGCAUCAUACACGGGCAGGACUUCGACCAGCGGGCCAAAGAGGAGUUCAGAUCCACCAUUUACAGUAAUAUUAUUAAAGGUAUUCGAGUGCUUGUGGAUGCCAGAGAGAAACUGCAUAUUCCCUGGGGAGACCCUUCAAACAAGGCACAUGGAGACACUAUGAUGGCUUUUGACACACGUUCAGCCAUGGUGUCACAAGGGAUGGUGGAGACCAAAGUGUUCCUGCAGUACCUGCCUUUGAUCCGUGCCCUCUGGGCUGACAGUGGCAUACAGAACGCUUAUGACAGACGCAGAGAAUUUCAGCUGGGUGAAUCUGUGAAAUAUUUCUUGGAUAACUUGGACAAACUCGGGACACCGGACUAUCUACCGACACAGCAAGACAUCCUACUGGCCCGUAAGCCCACUAAGGGCAUUCAUGAGUACAACUUCGAGAUCAAGAACGUACCCUUCAAAAUGGUGGACGUGGGUGGCCAGCGGUCGGAGCGCCGCAGGUGGUUUGAGUGCUUCGAAAGUGUCACCUCCAUCCUUUUCCUCGUGUCGUCCAGCGAGUUUGACCAGGUGCUGAUGGAGGACCGUCAAACUAACCGCCUCAUGGAGUCGCUCAACAUCUUCGAGACCAUCGUCAACAACCGUGUCUUCAAUAACGUUUCCAUCAUCCUCUUCCUCAACAAGACAGACUUGCUUGAGGAGAAGGUCAAAAAGGUAGCCAUCAAAGACUACUUUCCCGAGUACACAGGGGAGCCGCACAGCCUGGACGACGUGCAGAAGUUCCUUGUGGAGUGUUUCCGGAGCAAGCGCCGAGACCAACAGCAGAAGCCUCUCUACCACCACUUCACCACUGCCAUUAACACAGAGAACAUUCGCCUUGUUUUCCGUGACGUCAAGGACACCAUCUUGCAUGACAACCUCAAACAACUUAUGCUGCAGUGAUGCUGGUCCAACAGUUCCUUUCACAUUUCUCUCAAAUAACCCUCUUUUGCUCAGAUGUUUGUAUUCCAUACAGUAACCUUCCUGAAUAGCUCUGACAUGCUUUUAUGUGAGUAAGAAGGCAUCUCCUAGCAGUCUGUCAUGAGCACAGAAUGGUGGCUAAGGGUAGAGAAGGGGUUUCCUCUGUCCACUCAUUUGUUACUGUCCUUAUUCAGCCUGCCAAGAGAAGCUGUAUGUGUCAUUAAAUGUUACCCUCCAUCAGUGAAAGCCUGAUGCUGCCAAAAGCAAUGCAUUUCUCCCCAUGUUACUAAGUGGAGGGAAACAAAUGUUUGGUGGAGAGAGAGAAAGCACUGCCCUUCUGAGCCUUUUAAUGCUGACCAAAUAGCAAGAUAAGAUGCAAAAGCAAAGUUUUAACCUUUUAACGGGAACUAUGCUCUGAGCCUCUCUUUCGACACUUGCCAGGCCUUAAUUUUUUUUCCCAUUAUCUUGAUUGGUGUUUUUAACUUGUAGCUGUCAAUCGCUCAAUUUUAGAAUUUAGUUGUUUUAUAUAGAUAUAUGUACCUAUAAGAUUCUUAAGUUAUAUUUCAAAAGGUUUACACUUUUUCUUCUCCUGAUGGAUAAUGCUUGCGAUCGAAGAAAUGUUUUUGAGUGGAAACGUGUUUUCGCAACAAUAUACCACUUGAUAAACUUAAUUUAUACAGUGGUUAGCCAUACUAGGCAAGCUGAUAUAUAUGGGGCAUAAACUCAGGGCUGAAUGUAGACCACUUGCGUCAUGAUAAAAUAAACUCCAACAUCCACUAAUAGUACCUCUCCUUCAGAGGUUGGAAAUAAAAUUUCCUUGCUAACCUGCAGACAUCCUCCUUCACUCAGAUUAUUUACCAUUCCUUUGUUGUUUGUCCAUCAGGGAAUGGAAAACAAAAAACAAGUGUCUUAAUUUAUUUGUUUUAUUUGGGGUUUUGUCCACAACCAAACCAUACUGGCUUUUUUCAGCAGAGCCCAACACAUAUUUUUUUUUAAUAUAAUAUAUAUAAUUUUGCUAACAAAAGCUUCCACAUUCACAAGUGCCACGUGUGUAAGGUACCAAUGAUUCAAACAACUGUUUCCUGUCUGCGUUAGUUGCAUAGAAAAUGGAUAGGACUUUGUCAACCUUGUUCCCCAUCAAUGGUUGUGUAUAGCUACUUUGUAUAGUGCCAUGUCCUGAAUACUAUUAAGUAUUUUCUGUAAAUAGUCUGUACCUUACCCACUUAACUUUUAUUUUUUAUUUUUUUGGCCACUGUGCACUCAACCGGUUGCCUUUUUUUAUUUUCAUAAAUACUGACUCCUUCCCUCCUUGUAAUUUGCUCCUCUCCCAUCCAUUAAAGAUUGCUAAUUUUUGGCUGGUUCAUCUCUAUUGUUCAGGCAACCUUGACUGUGAAUGGUGCCUGCAUGCGUCUAUGCAUUCAGAUGCUGCUGGUUUCUUUUUGGCUGCAGCGCUGCCGGAAAAAAGAAAAUGGUCGGCAGUAGAGGACUCUUUGUCUGGUGUCAAAUUCUGCCUUAUGCUCUUAGCUGAGGGAGCCCAGGAGGCUCAUGAAAGGAAGUAUUACUACUCUGCAUAGCACUGACAGUAUCAUGUUUCUUCUGAUGCCAAUCUAUGCCCCCUCAAUGCCAAAGAAAAUCCGGCAUUGCAUGAUCUCUUUCAGGAGCACAGACACAUGUACUUGAGACAUAAAUGGUGAUGGGCAGUUUUAAAUGGAUUGGGCCCAAAAAAUUACCGUCCUGUCAUUAUAUAUUUACUUGUAUGAUGUUCCAUAACCGUAAGACUGACUUUAUUCAGUAAAACACAAAGGAGAUGUUGGGGAGGAUGUUGGACUCACAAUUGACUUUCAUUGUAAUUUUUUUUUCAAUAUAAUGAAAGUGAAUGGUUAGCUGUAGCUGUCAUUCUGCCUAACUUCAUCUGUAAUGUUUGACUGAAGAAAGUCAUAUGGGUUUGUAAUAACAUGUGAGGGGGAAUAAAUUGAUGCCGGAAUGUAAAUUUUUUGGUGAACUCUCCCGUAAAUGUUCUGGGUUCAGUUAAGUUAAGCUCAAUCGACAGAAUUUUUUGGGCAAAAUGUUUAUUACCACCACCAAAUUUUUUUUUUUUUAAAUAGACUCCACACUUAUGUAAAGAAAAAAAAAGAAUGGCUGUGCAAUUAAUGCUUUUACAAUGGAGCGUAAGUCAGCCCUUAUACAAAAAGUACCACAAGACAUACAUUAUUAUUAUUAUUAUACAUGUAAACAUGAUUUUAGUGCAAUACAAUGUGAUUUAUCAUCAUUUACUAGCUAGAUUAAAGGUUUUACCGCAGAUACACCAUGACAGCAAAGUUGUAAUAUUUGAUGUAACAACACCAAUAUUUUAAGAAAGCGAUUUUAGCACACGAAAAUUAUAUUAACAAACAGUGUUUGUGUGGCUAUGUUUAUGGACUGGCCCCAUUCACUUUGUAUUGUAAGUGCUUAACUCUAACUGCAUUAUAUAUAUAUAUAUAUAUAUAUAUAUAUAUAUACACACAGCAUGCCCAAUUAUUAGGCUAGUGAGUAUUCUGAUCUUAUUAUUUCCAUGCACAUUUUCUAACUCCAAACCAUAUAAACUUGAAUGCUUAUUGGAUUCAAUCAUAUUCAGGUGAUAUGUAUUUGUGUAAUGAUGGAGGGUGUGGCAAAAGUGACUAACACCUUAAAUCAAGGUGUGCAUAAUUAUUAAGUGGUUUCAUUACCUCAAAAAGAUUUAACUGGCAAUGAAAGUUAUUGUAAAAUGCCUUUCAGAUGGAUGCAACACUCUUGAAAUGGCUAAACUAUUGAAACAUGGCCUCAACUGAAUAUGAUUCAUAAGUGAAGUGUCAAGAUUGGGCAAAGAAAUACCUGAAGACAGAUUUUUCAAAGGUUAUAUGGCCAGAUGAAACGAGAGUGACUCUUGAUGGACCAGAUGGAUGGGCCCGUGGCUGGAUCAAUAAUGGGCACAGGUCACCACUUCGAGUCAGGCACCAGAAAGGUGGAGGAGGGGUACUGGUGUGGGCUGCUAUCAUUAAGAAUGAGGUAGUUGGGCCUUUUUGAGUUGAGAUGGGACUGAAACUCAAAAGUUGAUCGUGAACAGAUCAAGAAACUGACAAGACUCCAUGGAUGGAAGGCUCAUGGCAUUUAUUGAAGAGUAGCUCUAGGUCACUGAAUAUUUUUAAAAGGUCAAAAAAAUUUAAAUGUAAUUUUGUGCUACUUCUUUGUUGCACUUACUCUAAAAUUUGAGAAUAAACAAUUGAGUUUUGAGAAAUUAUUUUUGUAAAAUAGUUGCCUAAUAAUUGUGCACACUUAUAUAUUCCCCUGAGAAAGAGAAAACUCACUUUUCCUUUAAACAUUCAGGUUUGAGGUUCAAUAACAUUUUGGAUUGACUGAGAGCAUUGUGUUUGUGCAACAAUAAAAGGAAUCCUGAGGAAUAGUUUACCUAAUACUUGUGUGCGUGUGUGUGUGUGUGUGUAUACAUGCAUUCAUCCACAUUAAACCCACCUGUCUAAUAUUGUGUAGGUCCCUCUCGACCGGCCAAAACAGCGCCAACCCAUAUUCUUCUCACCACAGUUGUACAGAACGUUUAUCUGCGUUACCAUACACUUUUUAUCAGUUCGAACCAUUUCCGUUGACCUCUCUUUUAUGAGAUGCGUGUUGGCGCUGUUUUGUCAGCACGUGGUGGACACAAUAUUAGGCACGUGGUUUUACAGUUGUGGCUGAUCGGUGUGUGUUAUUUAUUUGUAUAUGUAUAUAUAUAUAUACACAUGUGUGUGUGUGUGUAAAUGAGUAUUUUUUUUCUUUAGUAUUAACAUGCAAGAAAUGUUGUCGUUUGAGCUUAACAUGUAUUGAACUUUGAACAUUACUUUUAAUGCCUUUUUAUCACUAUCCUUUAAACCAUACAAACUUAAAUGGUACCAAGAAUUCAAUAUUUUUUCAAUUAGUAAAUUUCAGCAUUUUUACAAUGGCAUUAGAGAUGCUGAAAUACCCUCUAGUAUUUUCUGUGUUCAGUAGCUGCCUCUUUCCAGCGUGGUGAAUCCCAAAACGCUUUAUUUUUGGCAAUUGAAAACAUUGUAUUACCUGCCUUAGACAUACUUUUGGCCUUUGAGCUAAGUGACCUAAAUAGUGUUACAUACUUAACUAAAUAGAUAGGAAAUGACAGAGAAUGCUUACAAGUCAGACAGCAGAUCAUCCAAGUUUGUUUGCUCUCAGCUGAGCAGUGUUGGGCCUGAGGGCAAACCCAAGUGCUUGUGAACAUGAUCACUGGUGUAGCCAUGACUGAUGAAUAGCAAAAUCACAUAAAUAGCCACUGCUGUGAUUAUGGCGACACCUACCAACAUGCAUGCCUCCUCAACACCUCUACAAUAGUGCAUUAUGGCUCGUUUGAUUUCAAACUUUGUUGCCCUUUAAACGGUUAAUGUGUUGUACCCCCAAUUUACACGUUUAAAAGUAGGGCGAUGCUGCACAGAUACACUACUUAAUUACGCCGUAUUCCUACUCUGCACACUCUGCUAUGGUGUGUGCGAGAGAUAAAAGGCUUUAUUCUCAAAGUUUUGUGGCGCAAUAGACACCAGCGAUGUCUCCAUUUAUGUUUUCUCCAAUCUUCCCAAACGAAUCGAUGAUGGUUUAUAAACAAAUGAAUCUUUCUCACUGUAGCUGUCUCUGAAAUGUGAUUCUGUUCAGAGACAGAUUUGUUCUUUUCAGUUUUGCCCAGAUAAUCAAGAUAAUAAUGAUUUUUAUUAUCCAAGGAUUAUGCCUGCCAUAAAAAAAUCCUAGUGCCUCCAAAUUUGAUACGUUUCCACCCUCACCA